AUGGCUCCCACCAAAUGGAUCACCGCUGUGCUGGCAGGCUGCCUUUCCAGCUCGGUCAUCGCAGCUCCCACUGCGACCACUGACAACCUGAUUGUCAAGCGCGCAAGCAUCAACGAUGCGGCCUCCGGUUAUGCUAGCCAGAACGGAGGCACUACUGGUGGCGCUGGUGGUACUACCACCACCGUCUCCUCAUACGCAGCCUUCACUUCAGCAGUCUCUGGAGACGCCAAGAAGGUUGUGGUUGUCAGCGGCACCAUCACCAAGACUGCCGAUCAAGCUCGUGUUGGAAGCAACACCAGUAUCAUUGGCAAGAACUCGAGUGCGAAGCUGGUGAACUUCGGCAUUCUUGUCAAGGAAGCCUCUAACGUCAUCAUUCGAAACCUGGGUAUCUCCAAGGUUUUGGCUGACAACGGAGAUGCCAUCGGCAUUCAGUACUCCAAAAAUGUCUGGGUGGACCACUGCGAUGUGUCUUCCGACAGAGAUCAUGACAAAGACUACUACGAUGGUCUCAUCGACAUCACCCAUGCAGCUGACUACGUCACUGUGUCCAACACCUACAUCCACGACCACUGGAAGGCCUCCUUGAUUGGCCACUCGGACAACAACGGCGACGAGGACACCGGUCACCUCCACGUUACCCAGAACAACAACUACUGGUACAACAUCAACUCCCGCACUCCAUCGAUCCGCUUCGGCACUGGCCACAUCUAUAACAGCUACUUCGAUACCGUCAGCGACGGCAUCAACACUCGUGACGGUGCCCAGGUCCUUGUCGAGUCCAACACCUUCGUUGGAUCCAGCAAGCCCCUCUACUCCACCGAUGAUGGCUAUGCUGUUGCCAGAGGCAAUGACUUCGGUGGUGCUUCGAACACUGCCAAGGCAGGCACUCUGACCUCUGUGCCCUACUCCUACACUCUUGUCGGAUCCGGAAGUGUCAAGAGCGCUGUUGUCGGUACUGCUGGUCAGACCCUGAGCUUCUGA